AUGCAGACCUCCCCGAAUUUACCCCGCCCGCCCAUCCAAAGUGACGAUGCUGUUGCGAAUCUCCGCAGAGUCUUCAUGAAAUGGAACGAAGACAUGUACCCGGACUCACCUUCGUUCCUCGCCUACCUCUUGAACCACCACUACAGUUCAGUCAAUCUCGCAAAGGGCGCAAAGGGCCUCAAAGGUUCCGACGCGCAUCUCGUUUCACGAUUGGUUCCCAUGUCGGAGGAGCUUGGAUUUAGCCUGGGGUUGGCAAAGCUCCGGUGCAAGGUGACUGGGACUGCUGACUGCGAGUCGGGGGAUAUGUAUUAUAACAAGCGGGCUAGGAGGGGCUACCAUGAUGACUAUGGGGAUUAUUACGGGCGGGGAAGGCAACCGCGAAUGGAGGAGGUCAUGGAUAAGGUGUAUCAACUGACCAACGCCGUGACUCUCGAAGGGAAGGAUGCAAUGGGAGGGCAGCGUACUAUCACGGUUGAUGAAGACGACUUGAUACCUCGGGAACCAUUUGAGGAUAUGUCACCAGAUAAGGAGGAGUAUGAAGGGUAUAUGGGAAAUUAUCCUGGCGACGUCAUGCACUGUAAGUAUUCCAUUAUUGGACUUUGA